AUGGCGCCCCCGACAUUCGCAGAUGUGCUCCCCAUCAAGCAACUCUCGUCGCACCAAUAUACCCUCACUUUGGAGAACGAAUGGUGCAUAGGGACUGUCCCCAAUGGCGGCUAUACGACUUCGGCCUUUCUCAUGGUUGCCCGCACCCACAUGUCUCUGACCCAUGGUUCUCGCUCCGAACCACACCCCGUCAAUAUGCACUUGGAGUUCCUGCGCCGCACCUCCGUGGGUCCGGCGGUCUUUACGGUGAAGGACGUCAAGCUGGGCUCGCGCAUCAGCAACUUACACAUUGUCCUGGCGCAAAAGCAGGAACACAACGGUCAAUGGCAGGAUCAGGUGCAGGGGUACAUAACCAUGAGCAAUAUUGCGACCGAACAAGGCCUGAGCUUCGACACGCAGUAUCAGCUCUGGCCGCCCGCUCUACCUGCGAACCUCGCGCUCUUGGGCACCAAAGGCCGGGAUGAAAACUAUACGAUCCGCGCAAACGACCCGUUUCCUGCCUUCCGCCGUGCCGGGCAGAACAUUCAGAUCUACCUGGUCCAGCCCCAUCGCCGGCGACAACCAGGCCAGUCCGGUCAGCCUCGGGCCAUCGUGGACCAGUGGGUGCGGUUCGCGCCCAAGACGCCUUCUCUCAAUCCCAGUAAAAACAUCACAGGUCGCUGGACCAAUGACGCUCUGGGCUUCGUGGUCGACAUGUUUCCACAGAUUGUCGAGUCAUACGUAAAUCCUGUCGUCGAGGAGGCCGCAAUCGGCCAACACAGCCAAGCCGAGCUCAAAGCCUUGCUGAAAUCAGGCGAGCCGAGUGCCAAAUUCUGGUACCCGACGCUCAGCUUGAAUCUGGAUGUGAAAAAGUUAUUGCCAGAGGAAGGCGUCGAGUGGCUAUUUGUGCGAGUCCUGGCCAAGACGAUCAGGAACGGCCGGUUCGAUUUGAACAUUGAGGUUUGGGACGAAGCGGGAGAAUUGGUGGCGAGCAGCACACACGCGAGUCUGAUCGUGGAUGCCAGCCGCAACACUACGAGGAAAUCGAAGGAGCAGCCGAAGGACUCGAAGUUAUAG